CCGGAAGCAGGUCGCCUCCGGCUGCCGGGAGCGGGAGGCGGAGCGGAGCGGGACCCGGGACGCGGGUGAGCGGCGAACGGAGUUGGCAUGGCAGCAGCGUGACGCUGCCCUAGGGCAGUGUGUGAGCUGUUUCACUGCCAUUUCCCUGAGAGCAGAGUGAGGCAGGGUGCUGGCAGCCUGAGACGAGAUGAAGACGGUGCUCAUGGUGGCUGAGAAGCCGUCCUUGGCCCAGUCCAUCGCCAGAAUCCUCUCUCGAGGGAGCAUGUCCUCACGCAAAGGGCUGAACGGGACGUGCUCAGUGCACGAGUACACCGGGACCUUCACUGGCCAGCUGGUCCGCUUCAAGAUGACGUCCGUCUGUGGUCAUGUGAUGACCCUGGACUUCCUGGGAAAGUACAACAAGUGGGACAAGGUGGACCCCGCCGAGCUGUUCAGCCAGGCCCCAACGGAGAAGAAGGAGGCCAACCCCAAGCUGAACAUGGUGAAGUUCCUGCAGGUGGAGGGCAAAGGCUGUGACUACAUCGUACUGUGGCUGGACUGCGACAAGGAGGGAGAGAACAUCUGCUUCGAGGUCCUGGACGCGGUGCUGCCUGUCAUGAAUCAGGCCCACAGCAGCGAGAAGACAGUGUUCCGGGCCCGGUUCAGCUCCAUCACAGACACAGACAUCUGCACUGCCAUGGUCCGCCUGGGCGAGCCCGACCACAAUGAGGCACUCUCAGUGGACGCACGGCAGGAGCUGGACCUGCGCAUCGGCUGCGCCUUCACCAGGUUUCAGACUAAAUACUUCCAGGGGAAAUACGGCAACCUAGACAGCUCGCUUAUCUCCUUCGGGCCAUGCCAGACCCCCACGCUGGGCUUCUGCGUGGAGAGACAUGAUAAAAUCCAGUCCUUCAAACCGGAGACCUACUGGGUGCUGCAGGCCAAGGUGGAUGCCGAUAAGGACCGAUCCCUCCUUUUGGACUGGGACCGAGUACGCGUGUUCGACCGGGAGAUCGCACAGAUGUUCCUGAAUAUGACCAAGCUGGAGAAGGAGGCCCAGGUGGAGGCCACGAGCAGGAAGGAGAAGGCCAAGCAGAGGCCACUGGCCCUGAACACUGUGGAGAUGCUGCGUGUGGCCAGCUCUUCCCUGGGGAUGGGCCCACAGCACGCCAUGCAGACCGCAGAGCGGCUCUACACGCAGGGCUACAUCAGCUACCCGCGCACCGAGACCACCCACUACCCCGAGAGCUUCGACCUGAAGGGGCCUCUGCGGCAACAGGCCAACCACCCCUACUGGGCCGACACGGUGAAGCAGCUGUUAGCGGAAGGUAUCAACCGCCCACGGAAAGGCCACGACGCUGGCGACCAUCCCCCCAUCACCCCCAUGAAGUCUGCCACGGAGGCUGAAUUAGGCGGCGAGGCCUGGCGGCUGUACGAGUACAUCACCAGGCACUUCAUCGCCACGAUCAGCCACGACUGCAAGUACCUGCAGAGCACCAUCUCCUUCCGGAUCGGGCCUGAGCGCUUCACCUGCACAGGCAAGACCGUCAUCUCCCCAGGUUUCACGGAGAUCAUGCCUUGGCAGAGUGUGCCCCUGGAGGAGAGUCUGCCCACCUGCCAGAGGGGUGACACCUUCACUGUGGCUGAGGUCAAGAUGCUGGAGAAGCAGACGAGCCCCCCUGACUACCUGACGGAGGCCGAGCUCAUCACGCUCAUGGAGAAGCACGGCAUCGGGACGGAUGCCAGCAUCCCCGUACACAUCAACAACAUCUGCCAGCGUAACUACGUGGUCGUGGAGAGUGGGCGCCGGCUCAAGCCCACCAACCUUGGUAUUGUACUGGUGCACGGCUACUACAAGAUUGAUGCGGAGCUGGUGCUCCCCACCAUUCGCAGUGCAGUGGAGAAGCAGCUGAACCUGAUCGCCCAGGGUAAAGCCGACUACCGCCAAGUCCUGGCCCACACCCUGGACGUCUUCAAGAGGAAGUUCCACUACUUCGUGGACUCCAUCGCGGGCAUGGAUGAGCUGAUGGAGGUGUCCUUCUCACCCCUGGCGGCCACCGGCAAGCCCCUUUCCCGCUGUGGGAAGUGCCACCGGUUCAUGAAGUACAUCCAGGCCAAGCCAAGCCGCCUGCACUGCUCCCACUGUGAUGAGACCUACACCCUCCCCCAGAACGGCACCAUCAAGCUCUACAAGGAGCUCCGGUGCCCGCUGGACGACUUCGAGCUGGUUCUGUGGUCAUCAGGCUCGCGGGGCAAGAGCUACCCGCUGUGCCCAUAUUGCUCCAACCACCCACCUUUCCGAGACAUGAAGAAAGGCACAGGCUGCAACGAGUGCACACACCCCACCUGCCAGCACUCGCUAAGCAUGCUGGGUAUUGGCCAGUGCGUGGAGUGCGAGAGCGGUGUGCUGGUGCUCGACCCCACCUCAGGCCCCAAGUGGCGGGUGGCCUGCAACAGGUGCAAUGUGGUGGCGCACUGCUUCGAGAAUGCCCACCGCGUGCGUGUGUCUGCCGACACCUGCGGCACCUGCGAGGCCGCCCUGCUGGACGUCGACUUCAACAAGGCCAGGUCCCCACUGCCGGGCGAUGGCACGCAGCACACAGGCUGCGUCUUCUGCGACCCCAUCUUCCAGGAGCUGGUGGAGCUGAAGCACGCAGCCUCCUGCCACCCCAUGCACCGCGGGCCUGGGAGGAGGCAGGGCCGGGGCCGGGGCCGGGGCCGGAGGCCAGCGGGGAAGCCAGGCACCAGGAGGCCCAAGGACAAGAUGUCGGCCCUGGCCGCCUACUUCGUGUGACGGCCCUGCCUGGGCUCUGCAUGGCGUCCUCUGGGUCACAGAAAUCAUUAAACACAUUGUCUUCUCCAGAA